UAGGAAACGUAAAGUGGUUAGCGCCUAUCGCGGCGAACACGCUACCUACUGUCCACCAGGAAAUCGCAAAUCAGGUUGCAGUGAACUUUAACACGAUGCGACGUGUCGGAAUGAUUUACAACUUUGAUGAGGAUCGAUACGCGCGGACACGUGACAUCGAGCUUCCCUCGAGAAACACGAGUCGUCAAAACCACUCGAUUUUCUGUCAAUAUAUCGUAUAUCGUACGGAACGUCAAAUCGCGGCGUUUCUUGCGGCAAUGGCAGUAGAAUUUCGAUCUAAGCGAAAUUUUGAGACUUGCCCCAUCGAGAGUACUUGUCGGUUCAUGCCCGAACGCUUCGUAUUCUGCAUCGUCAGCGAUCGCGGCUGGGCGAAUCAUGACCGAGCCGUGGAACUGCAGUUCCUCGUGACUUAGAGCUAAUGCCUCAGAGAUAUUUUUGUUCUCCGGUUUCGUAUUAAAGAAGGAAUUUAUCCCCCUACUUUAUACUGACAGUUUAAUAAACCUAUAACGAGCGCGUGAACGAGAUUGCAUGAGACUAGCACAAAAAUACUCUUCUUUCAGUAACCUGUCAACUUGUCAGUCAUUUUUAUGCAUUCAUGCAUAAUUGGCUCGAUAAACAGUAAUUUUACUUAUACGAAGUGAUCGCCUUUCCGAGGAUUUAAACACUGUAUACUUACGAAAUCAUCUUACGCUCGACGAAAACGUGACCAUCGACAAGAUCUUCGCGAACGAGGCUCCCUACGCUGCACAGGGUUCCUCCGUGUCGCAACAAGAACGACUAGCUCGAGAAGAUGCAUUCCGCCGGCUGAUAGAGCAUUGCCACGCGAGGACGUAGUCGCCGUUUCUGGCGUAAAUGUCACGGGGAAUUCUAUGUAAGGUAUCACUGACCCAGGUAGCCGCCCAGAGAUGUGGUCACACACGCGGCUUAUCCUCCUGGCAUCGAUGCUCGCGUUGCUGAUCGGCGCCCGCGUCACCAGGUCGCAGCGUCCGCGAAUCGGCGGCGCCGUGAACGUCUUCAGCCGUUACGGCUACCUGAGCAUCAGUAUGCGAGUGGUGCCGCGCAACGAUACGGAGACCUGGAUAUUCCGCGAGCCCACCCUCGACGUCUUUAAAAAUUCCACGCCGUUGCCGCCCAAGCAACGCCAAGCAGGCAAAAGCAGCACCGCCGUCUUCGACGGCGAUUUCCACAUGGAAUUUUGCGACAAUAUCAGACAGCUUCUACAGGCUUAUUUCCGUGACUUCACUUUCGAGAAGCUCGAGAGGCCGUGGCGUGCCUUCACCGGCAGUUGGUCGAAGACGGCCAUAGCCAGACACCUCGGCAUAAACUCGUCCUUCAUCACGGGCGACCACUGUUACGUCCUAGUGCGCGUCGCUCGAUUCCGCGAUAAUCAACGGCUCGCCGGCACCGCCGAGACCCUCGUCCUCGAUGAUUCCGUGUUGCGGCAAACCGAGAACGUCACGGUCGGCGAUACCGGGAGUGUAGUGCGAUUCAUCAGGAAUUUCGGUUCGCACUACAUCGCUUCCUAUAUCACGGGAAAUUCGCUUUAUCAAGUAUUCGUGUACACUCCUCAGGUAUACUCGCGAAUAAAGGAACGGCUGAAGACGCGGGGAGUCGGGGAGCUGUCGGCUCUCGAGCUGAGCAAUUACUUUUCGCCGUGGUACGCGGAGCAUAUGGGCUCCAUACAAUCGGCGAGCGGCAAUCGUAGCGUGGAGGCAUGGGCCGUGCAACGUCUUCGGGUGCAAUACUAUAUCUUCACUUACGCCAGUUUGCUAAAGUUGCACGGCGACACGGCGUUGCUCAAGCAACUCAACGGCCUGUUGGGCGACGAAGCGUUACUGCAAUUACAAUUGCGGACAUUGGCGCCCGCUUUCAAGGAUCCGAAAAGACGUCAGUGGUUUCUCGAAGUGAUCGACAACUAUUUCAAGCUCUGGGAGGUACAACUGCAGUUUGGUGGAGAACACUGACCCUGCAUAUGCCAGCGAUGCACAUGUCCCUGGUACCAACGUU